AGAUCAAUAAUCAAAUGAAAGCAAUGUUUGUGUCUACAAACAUACAAAAAAGGUCUAUUAUAAACAUAAGAUAAUGUACUUUUUUUGUUCUUUCCAUUUGUCUAUACUAAUUUAACUUUAAGAGGCACUAGGGAUAAUUUGUAUUUUCGUUCUUUAGUCUAUUUCAUACUCUUUCCAAUUAUAAAAUACAUCAUAUAAAAAAUUUAAUUAUUUUCCUUUGAUCCUCCCUGUCCAAAACCACAAAAAAUAAAAAAUAAAAAAAAAUAAAAAAAUAAAGCCCUAACAAUAACACAUUAUCAAUGAAAUUACUACUUAUACAUCUCUUCAACUUUAGGAGAAACGAAAAUCCAAUACAUGUACUUGUAUAAAAUUACUCUCUUCGUCUCGUUGUUUUUGUUGCAUAGGCAUUUACAUGCAAGUGAAUGGAUUUAAACCGAGGGAAAAUUGGGGGAUCAGAGUGAGAAUUGGGAAAUAGAAUAAAAAUAUAAUGAAACGCUUAUACGUUAUACCUACAAAAGAAAAAUGGAACAAAAUGGGAUGAAUAUAGUGUUUAGUCUAGGGUAACAUGCAUAUUAAGUACACCGAAGUUAACUUUUACAAUAUCAUUGUAAGAAUGUAAGUUACUCGAACUCUGAUACUUCUAUAGAAUAUAAACACAGAUUACAUGUUUUAAGAGUGUUCCAAUUAGCAUGAUUUUUUUUGUUUUUUUUUUUAAGUGUUAAAGUUUUCAUACAUAUGACUAUAUUUAACGUGAAAUAGUAACAUCUAAAAAAGAAUCUUAAGUGGUAUAAUUAUCUCUAAAAAUCUUAAAUUGUAUUGGAUAGCAUUUAAAAAGGAAUAUAAAAAUAGGAGUAAUUACAUGCAUUAAUUAAUUAUUAAUUGAUCAGAAUCACAAUUCCCGAGGUCAUCUCCAAAAAGACUUUAAUAUAAAAAAAAUUGUCAGUCUUAUAAACCAUGCAAUAGGCAAUAUAUAGCUGCCUUUCUUAGCCAACAGACAGAACAUACAUACACAUUCAUUUUUCAGAGAAUUUUUCUUCUGUACUUUGCUGUUUUCCAUGUGAAAAAAAAUAAAAUCCACUUACAAAAAAAAGUACUCAUAAAUCAUCUAUUUUAUCAUUUUCACAAUAUGUCAGAUUUCAGAAAAAUAAGUACUCCCAAGUUUCGAUUUUAGGAUUAUUUAUGAAAAUCGCUCAGUUUCUGAAACUCGUAAACCUGCAAACUUGUUAAACAGAUUUUAUGUGUCAUAUAUUCAGCCUUGGUAAUGUACAUCAGAUGAAGUAAAGCAUCCCCCUUUUUUUCUUCUAAAUCUCAAAGAGCCAAAAAAUGUCUGCAAAACUUCUGUAUUCAAUGUCAGAAGAAAAUCAGAAUUUGAAGAAGCAGAUUGGAUGUAUGAAUGGAUUGCUUCAAUUCUUUGAUCCUCAUCAUUUCAUCAAUAAUCGUGUCAUUAGCAAUUCAUCUAACAGAAGAAUUUCUCCAGGUGAAAACAAGCAGCACGGAAGAGCAGGCAAUAAUGCCAACAAGAAAUCAAAGGAAAAACACCGGAAUGUCGUUAAGGAGAUGGAAGUAACACCCAUAGAAUCAUCUAGACUUUCCAUCUCAUCUUCUGGUUCAACGGCCAUAUCCUCAUCAGAAUAUGAAUGGACCACCAAGUCUGAACAGUCGCUGUCAGCUGAAACCGUUGGAGGGGGAAGACACUCAUGGGAUUACCGAGCAAACCAGCCACAAUCUCUUCCACAACAACCAAGUUCACCAGUAAAAAUGGGCUACCACCACAAGAAACACAUAAUCAGAGAGACUGCCCCCUCUGCAUCACCAAUAUCAACUGCAUCAUUGAUAUCAACUGCAUCAAGAGAGGUGAAAUGUAACUAUCAGCAUAUGGAUUCCCCAAGACUUUCACAUACGUCCAGACCAGAUAGCCCGCGAGUUGCUGCUCUCAAUGAGUCAUUCCGUUCAAUUAGUUCCAACCAUAGUGCGCCUGUAGCUACUCCAAGAAAAAAAGAUCUUGCUCGAUUAUCUUAUGAUGGCAGGGAAACAAGGGACAAUCACAUUUCUAGCUUGAAAGUUAAAGACCUCCCGAGAUUGUCAUUAGAUAGUAAACAACGAACUGUAAAAGUAUCUUCCCAUGAGUCAAAAGAUGAUUUACUCCCUGGAGAAUUAAAGAGAGAGAUUUGUGGUCCCAACAAAUUCCAGAGUGACCAACAGGAGCCUACAAGUUACAGAGCACCAUCUAACGUUGUGGCAAAGUUGAUGGGGUUGGAAGCUCUGCCAGAUGAUACAACAUCCAACAAGAGUAGGAUAGAGCAAGAUGGUUCUAACUAUUUCCGAAAUGCUGAGUUGUUCUCGAGAUCUUCAAGGACCAUAGAUGAAAACAAGGUAGAUCGGGUUUUACACUCCCCAAGAAGUAAUUGCAAGGAAUCCAGGACUCCACGAUCAAAUAAAGCCAAGUCAGACCAAACAGCUUCCCUAUCUCAGGAAGCUGAUUCAGAACCCAAAAACCAUCCUCUCACUGUCUAUGGUGCAAUUGAGAAAAGGUUGGCUGAUCUGGAUUUCCAAAAAUCUGGGAAGGAUCUUAGAGCUCUAAAACAGAUACUUGACUCAAUGCACAAGGAAAAAAACAAGUCGGAAAUCAGAAAAGAAAAUCAGUAUCCACGUUGUGCAUCCCAAACAAGCAAUAGCAGCUCUGUUCAAGACAGCCCAAAACAUCCAAAAAAGGCUACUCCCUCUACAAGUAAAGGGUUCAAUACUAUCAAAGAUGCUACAUCAGCUAAAAAUAUAAAGCCUACUAAACUUGUCAAAGGUUCCAGAGAAGAAACAACUCAAGUAGUACAAGAUAUACCCGUAAUUAGCCUUCAGAGACUUAGGAUUAUUCAGCCUGUAGAUGGCCCCAAGGAUUCAGCACAGAAGAAAGCAGCAAAAGAUCCCAAAGAAACUCAUCACAUCAGGAAGAAGUAUUCUGGAGAACGAACUCCAAGGCCAAUAAGAACUUCAAAAACACCUGAGCAGAUGGCCAAGGCAAAUGCGACAAGCUCAACAAGGAUUUCAGACGCAAGAAGCACCACUGGAACAACAUCAGUUUCUAAAUUAAAGCAAAGCCAGCAAGCUAUGAGCUUCCUCCCUCACAACCGAAAGCUACCACAAGGUUCAUCUUUUUUGCAGGAGACUGAUGGACGAUCAAGUGAGUUCAGUAAUGAAACAGCAUCCCCGAGUCAACAAGGAAACACAAAUCCAUUGUUAUACCAAAACAACAGAAGCAUGGUCUCACAUAUUCAAAGAUGUAAUGAAAAUGCUAAUGAAUCAUGCAUGAAAUAUGAAACCAUGCAGCAAGUGAGUGGUGACAAAAAUUCAGAAGGAAUCCGAGGUGAUGCACCUUUGGAAGAAAUAGCAAUAACUGUAAGGGAACAACCAAGCCCGGUUUCAGUUCUUGAUGCUAAUUUCUUUGAUGAUGAAACUCCGUCUCCAGUAAGAAAGAAACCAACACCAUUCAGAGAUCUGGUGACCAAUGCAACAUACAAAGAAGCAGAGUGGAUGGACACUGAUCCAUCUUACUCUGUAGACAGCAUGAGAGCAGGUUUCAUCUAUGGGAAUGAUUAUCAAAAACUAGAAAAUUUCAAAGAGUUAGCUCCUACUGUAUGGAACAUGAACACUUCUCAGAAUGUGAAUUUAGGUAAUGCCGGACCUCUACAGAACAGCAUGAAUCUCGAAAAGUCAUAUGUGUCUGAAAUAAUCUCUGCCUCGGGAUUCAUAAAUCAUCUUAAAUACACAACGGACAAUCAUAUUGUCCUCCAGUCACAAGAAGCAAUUAAUCCCAAUCUUUUUUUUGUGCUGGAACAAGCCAUAGGAAGCAGUUUUAUUUCAGAUAAAAGAUCCAACAGUCACGAGAGAAUAACAAGAACCACAGAAAUGCACAGGAGAAGGCUCUUGUUUGAUGCAGUUAAUGAAAUACUAUCUCAGAAACUCUCUCAACCAAGAUCAUCCUCGAAAUUGCAUUCAGAGCUCACAACUAGUGGCCCACAGCUCCUGCAGGAGAUAUUUAAGGAAAUUGAUCGGCUCCAACCUAUCAGCUUGCCUCAAAACUUAGAUGAUGAGGAGGAUUUUCUGACAACCAUCAUAGGGAAAGAUCUGACACAUAGAUCAGCAGAUUGGACUGAUGUCAGUGGUGAAACACCAGCUUUGGUUUUAGAUAUUGAAAGAUUGAUUUUUAAAGACUUGAUAGUGGAGCUUGUUGAAGACAAGGCCACAGAAGUACAAUCUCAGAAAUACUGAAAGCAGUAACUUCUCUCAGAAUCUUUACUAACUCAACUAUUUAUUUUGCUCUAGGACUUUCACUCUUGUAAUUCAUGUUUAGUCCACUUUCCAUCCUUUGGUUUCUCCUUUUUGCAUUUUAAUUAACUUGAUUGUCAAGCAAAGCAUGUUAAUCAACAGUACAGUUGUAAUUUUGUAAAGUAAUACAGAAUUUACUUUAAUACUUAUUUGAUGUACCUUCCACAAAUUGUAUAGGUUAUUCUAGACCCUACAGUUCUCAAAAUGAGAGCAAAAUUAUCACCUUGUUUUUACAUUAGAAGAAGAUAGAAAACAAUCGUGUGGAAUGUAGUUCCAAAUGGAAUUCGAAAUGCAAGCAUAAUCAGUUGCUGCAGCAACAAGCAACUGGAGUA